AUGGCCAAAGUCCCUGACCUCUUUGAAGACCUGAACAACUGUUACAGUGAAAAUGAAGAAUAUAGUUCUGAAAUUGACCAUCUCUCUCUGAAUCAGAAAUCCUUCUAUGAUGCAAGCUAUGACCCACUUCAUGAGGACUGCAUGGAUAAAUUGUCUCUGAGUACCUCUGAAACCUCUAAGACAUCCAAGCUGAUCUUCAAGGAGAGUGUGGUGCUGGUGGCAGCCAACGGGAAGACUCUGAAGAAGAGACGGUUGAGUCUAAAUCAUUUCCUCACUGAUGGUGACCUGGAAGCCAUUGCCAAUGAUCCAGAAGAAGAGAUCAUCAAGCCCCAAUCGGUAGCUUACAACUUCCAGAGCAAUGUGAAAUACCGCUUUAUGAGGAUCAUCAACCACCAAUUCAUCCUGAAUGACACCCUCAAUCAAAGUAUAAUUCGAGAUAUAUCGGGUCAAUACCUCAUGGCUGCUGCAUUAAAUAAUCUGGACGAUGCAGUGAAAUUUGACAUGGGUGCUUAUACAUCAGAAGAGGAUUCUCAAUUUCCCGUGACUCUAAGAAUCUCAAAAACUCAACUGUUUGUGAGUGCCCAAAAUGAAGACGAACCCGUACUGCUAAAGGAGAUGCCUGAGACACCCAAAACCAUCAAAGAUGAGACCGACCUCCUCUUCUUCUGGGAACGUUACGGCACUAAGAGCUACUUCAGAUCGGUUGCCCAUCCAGAGUUGUUUAUCGCCACAAAGCAAGGAAAACUGGUGCACAUGGCAAGGGGGCAACCCUCUAUCACUGACUUUCAGAUAUUGGACAACUAGCCUUGACUCUGGAGUCUACUUACUUGUGAAGU